AUGGAAGUCCAUCAUGAAGCACCCAUAGCGCAUACUCAGUCUUUAUCAAAGGAUUCUCAAGCUCAGGACAUUGGGGAUGAUUACGAGAUUCCCCCUCCAGAACCCUCUACCUCCUUUGCCGGCCUGAAAGACCGCAUCAAGCGCCACUACGAGAUAUGUUCCGACUACUAUUACUCGCUUUGGGGUGAACAUAUACACCACGGCUACUUCCUCGAUUCAGCAGACACGAAAGAAGUGGCACAGACGCGCCUUGUAGAUCUCCUACUCGAGCGCUCUCAAUUGCCCCCAGGAAGCCGGGUUCUGGAUGUCGGGUGUGGCAUCGGCGGCACGUCGCGCUAUCUAGCUAAGAAUAAGGGGUGUAGUGUUACUGGAAUCACCAUCAGCGGGCAGCAGGUAAAGUUGGCAAAAGACUUGUCUGCAAAAGAGGCAGGACGUGUGCAGGGGGAGGUCGAGACAUCCAGCUCCAUCGGGUUGGGUAAUGGCAGUGUAAGGUUCGUCGAGCUCGAUGCUGAGAAGAUGGGUGACUUCUUCAAUGAGUCAGAGACAAAGACGACCUUCGAUUGCGUGUGGAUCUCGGAGGCAAUGAGCCAUUUGCCCAACAAGGAACUCUUCUUUCGGAACGCUUCGAUGCUGUUGAAUGAAGGUGGAAAACUGGUGGUAGCGGACUGGUUCAAGGCCGAGGAGUUGACAGAUGCGCAAAUGGAAGCAGAUAUCAAGCCGAUCGAGGACGGAAUGCUUCUCCCUGGAUUGAACACACAGUCAGAGUACCUCAGCUACGCAAAGCAGGCUGGGCUUAGUGUGUUCUCAAAGCCCUUUGAUAUCAGCAAAGAGGUCUCCAAGACUUGUGCCAGUACCAUUGCAUCAUAUGGCCUCAACGCCGCCAAUUGA